AACAAAGCAUGGACCAAUGACUGGAUUGGAUGAUGUUCCUUAUCCAUCCCCAACCCAACUAUCUUCUCUCGGAUUGCAGACUCCCUCAGUCACUCACUCUCACUUUUACAGACGAGAGAGACGCAUCGCAACGAUGAACCCAAUCCCUCCCUUUGAAACUCAAACACCACCACCACCACCACCACCACCACCCCAUUUCUGAACAUCAUCAAUCACACCCCCUUCUUCAACUUCAAAUGGACGCCCUCUACGUUAACCCAUCCCUCUCCCGCCUCAAACUCUCUCCCAAACUCUAUCCCCUCCCCACUCCCCCGCUUCCACUCUCCACCCACCAAUCCCUCCGCCUCCACCGCCACUCCACUGACGUCUUCACCCUUAGAUCCUCCGCAGUCGAAAACCAGCAAACACAACCCACAUACCAAGACUACGACCAAGACGAGACAUACGGCGAAGUCAACAAAAUCAUCGGCAGCAGAGCACUCCAAAACGGGACCGGCAUGGAGUACCUAAUCGAGUGGAAAGACGAUCACGCCCCUACCUGGGUCCCAUCCAACUACAUCGCAGCCGAUGUCGUCGCCGAAUACGAGACCCCCUGGUGGACCGCCGCCAAGAAAGCCGACGACUCCGCCUUGAACCAGCUCAUCGCCACCGCCGACGGCAAAGACGUAGACGCCGUCGACGAAGCCGGCCGCACCGCCCUCCUCUUCGUCUCUGGCCUCGGCUCCGAGCCCUGCGUCAAAGCCCUGGCCGGAGCAGGCGCCGACAUCAACCACCGAGAAAACAGCGCCGGCUUGACGGCUCUCCACAUUGCAGCCGGCUACGUGAAACCGGGUGUGGCCAAGCUGUUAAUUGAGCUGGGCGCGGACCCCGAGGCGGAAGACGACAGAGGACGGACGCCGUUGGAUUUGGCCAGAGAGGUUCUGAAGGCGACCCCGAUGGGGAAUCCGAUGCAAUUCGCGAGAAGAUUAGGGCUGGAGAAUGUAAUAAAGGUUUUGGAGGAGGCAAUAUUCGAGUACGCGGAGGUGCAAGAGAUAUUGGAGAAGAGAGGGAAAGGGGACAAGGUUGAGUACUUGGUGAAGUGGAAGGACGGUGGAGAUAACGAGUGGGUGAAGGCGGUAGCGAUCGGGGAGGAUAUGGUGAAGGAUUUCGAGGCGGGGCUGGAAUACGCUGUGGCGGAGUGCGUGGUGGGGAGGAGGGAAGGGGAGGAGGGACAAGGGAAGUGGGAGUAUCUGGUGAAAUGGACGGACAUAGAGGAGGCCACGUGGGAGCCUGAGGAGAACGUUGAUCCUGAUCUCAUCAAGGCGUUUGAGGAGAGCCAUAACAGUACCAAGCAGAAGGAUGAGGUUGGGGGCCCAGUUAAGUAGUGGUGGAACAUGAAGGGCUUGGCCUGCAAUUUUUUGUUGGAGGGCUUUAAUGUAAUGGGCCUCCAACUUAGUUUUUUUUUUUUCCUCCUUGAAAUUGGAUUUUAGUAUUUGCUUGAGCUACUAGUUGCCAAUCCGGAGUAAAUUUUGCUCAAAGAAA